AUGGCCUCCUUCACCUCCAACUCACUGCAGCAAAAGCACCACCACCACCACUACCUUCUUCACUCCAUCACCACCAUCUGUAAGUACCCAUCUCCUCUCAACGUUUUCGAAUAUCACUGCCCCUCUCACUUCUUCACUUUCUCACCUCCCAAGCAAACACUUCAACUCAAACACACACUAAAACUCUAUCCACUUCCACUAGCUAGAGGAAACAUCAACCACAUAGUUGCAAAGUUCUCCACCACCACCACCACCACCACAUACCAUGAACCAAACUCAAAGACCCUGAAAAACUCAGCAACUGAAAAACCUGUAAAGAACAAUGGCAGUUCAGUUGUGGAGAAAAAGAGUGAAAAAACUAGGUUCAUUAAACAGAAAAGUACAAGGAAGGAGGGUGUGUGGUUUAAAGGUGAGAGUAAGGAAAGAAAGAAGAGAGGUAGUAGUGAUGGUGAUCAGGUGGGAGAAGAGAAAAAGGGGAGAUUUUCUAAGAAAAACAAGGUUAAGGUUAAUGUGGACUUGCCUGAAGUUAAGAUGAGAGUUGGAUUGGAUAUGUGCUCAAAGAGAGGGGAUGUAAUGGGUGCAAUCAAGUACUAUGACUUGGCUCAAACUGAGGAGAUUCAGUUGGGUCAGUACCAUUACACGGUUCUGUUGUAUCUGUGCUCUUCUGCAGCUGUUGGUGUUGUACGUCCUGCUAAGAGUGGGUCUGGGGGGACACGAACUUUGGAUACUGUGGAUUCGUCUGGUGAAAAAACCGUGGAGUUGAGUAAGGUAAGAGACUCGGAGAGUGGGAAUUGGGAUGAUACUAGCGGAAGUGAUGAGAGUGCUGAAAAAAUGGAGGUGAGUCCAGGGAACAGGUUUGAUGAUGAUGUGGAUGGUGCUUCUAAUGAAAAGAGGAACUUAGCUUGGUUUUCUAAUGGAUUUGUGAAACGAAAUUCUCGCCUGUUAGAUGGACUGAACAAUCCUACCAAAGUUGGAGAUGAUGGUACAGGUCUAGAAGAUGGAAAUGUGAAGCAAGAAAGCAAUGAGAUUCGGGUUAGUGAGGAUGUGAAGAAGUAUGCUUUACAAAGGGGAUUUGAGAUCUAUGAGAAGAUGCGUUUGGAUGGUGUCGCCAUGAAUGAAGCAGCAUUGACAUCUGUGGCUAGAAUGGCAAUGUCAAUGGGGGAUGGGGAUAUGGCAUUCGACAUGGUGAAGCAAAUGAAGUCGAUGGGAAUAAAUCCUAGACUGCGUUCCUAUGGUCCUGCAUUAUCUGCCUUUUGCAGUAGUGGCAAUAUUGACAAAGCGUUUGCUGUUGAGAAACACAUGUUGGAGCAUGGUGUCUAUCCAGAAGAGCCUGAACUGGAGGCCCUCUUAAGAGUGAGUGUUGGAGCUAGAAAGGGUGACAAGGUGUACUAUAUGUUGCACAAACUAAGAACAAGUGUAAGGAGGGUCUCACCCUCUACUGCAGACUUAAUUGUGAAGUGGUUUGAGAGCAAGGAAGCGUCGAGAGUGGGAAAGACAAAAUGGGAUGAAAGAUUGAUAAGGCAGGGCAUUGAAAAUGGAGGUGGAGGGUGGCAUGGGCAGGGUUGGUUAGGGAAAGGAAAGUGGUCAGUUCUACGUACAACUAUUGGAUCCGAUGGCUUGUGCAAAUGCUGUGGGGGGAAAUUGGCCACAAUUGAUCUUGAUCCUGUAGAAACAGAAAACUUUGCUGAAUCAGUUGCAUCUAUAGCUAUAAAGAGAGAGAAAAAUUCAAGCUUUCAGAAAUUUCAAAAAUGGCUCGAUUAUUAUGGACCCUUUGAAGCAGUGGUGGAUGGAGCUAAUGUAGGUCUUCUCAGCCAGAAGAUAUUCAUCCCUUCCAAGGUCAAUGCUGUCGUUAAUGGCAUACGCCAGAAGCUUCCUUCAAAGAGAUGGCCACUCAUUGUUCUUCAUAACAGGCGUAUCACUGGAGGCCGAAUGGAUGAACGGGUUAAUAAGGCGUUGAUUGAGAAGUGGCAAAAUGCUGAUGCUCUCUAUGCAACACCUACUGGGUCAAAUGAUGAUUGGUACUGGUUGUAUGCUGCAAUUAAGUUCAAGUGCUUACUUGUGACAAAUGAUGAGAUGAGAGACCAUACAUUUCAACUUCUUGGGAAUGAUUUCUUUCCAAGAUGGAAAGAAAGGCAUCAAGUGCACUUCAAUUUUUCUGAAGGUGGUCCAGUGUUUCAUAUGCCUCCUCCUUGUUCUGUUGUAAUUCAGGAAUCAGAGGAAGGGCACUGGCAUAUUCCAGUUGUAUCAGAACAUGGUUAUGAAGCCGAAAGAAUGUGGUUAUGCAUCAUGCGAGCUAAAUCACGUGAGGCAAGGAAGGAUUCUGCAACCAGGCCUAAAGAUGACGAGCCUCCACACCAUAACAAGGCAUUUGCUAGGUCAGCUAUGAGAACUGGUAUUCAGUCAGAACCGUUGAAAAGUAAAAACCACAAAUACACAAAAGACCGACCUCAGGAAAUUCUCAAGAGUCUGAAAGCUAUUCUAUCAGGAUCCACUAUCACAAAUCAUCGUUCAAUACUACCAGAACUUGAGACUGCAGAGAAGAUUGGUGGAUGUACCAUCGACUUUCAAAUAUGAAGCUGGGAGCUGAUUUUCUUGCUGGAGAA